GCACGCACGCCCAGGAAGAAAUGGAGGCAUAUUUUCUUAAAAAAAAAAAACUUUAAAAGAGAGAGAAGAGAACAGGUGAAAGAAAGAGACGUUUAAGCAAACUCUCUCUCUCAUUCCUUCUGUUUGCUUUCUCUCUCUUUCAUUCUUAGCACGGAAGAGAGGAGAGAAGCCAGAAGAGAGAGAGGAAGCGAAAGGAAAGCAUUAUCUGUCCAAGCAAAAACAGAAAAGAAAAAACAAAGCAUAUUUGUUGAUUUCUGGUUUUUUUAUUUGUGGUUGAAAGAUUUUGGAAUUGCUUUUUUUUUUGUUGAAUUUGAAGUGAAGAAGAUGAUGGUAGCAAACAGUUUCGAUCUAUGGCAAAAAGAUGCUUUCUUUUCUGCUGCAGAGGAGGUUCAGGAAUCUGCUGAUGCGUCCUGAUGAUAUGAAGUAAGAAGGAAAUGUGUGGUUUGUUUAGCAGUGCAUGACUAUAUCUGCCUGUCUUGGUAAUAGUUGAUCUUCCAGGAUCAUGAAAUCUACUUCGUAAUGGAGUCAGCAUAUAGAGUGUGGACAAGAGAGAAGAGAGAGGGGUCAGAACCAGAGGAUUUGGAUGAACUAUCCAGAGAGCUCCAAACUGCUUUAGGAACUGCCAAGUGGCAGUUGGAAGAGUUUGAGAGGGCUGUUUGGUUGAGCCAUGGACAUCGUUCUGAUGAUAUCACAGCAUCUAGGCAUAAACAAUUUGUUGCUGCUAUUGAAAGUCAAAUAUCUCGUGUUGAAGCGGCACUAAGGGAAGCUUUUAGUGGGGAAGGAAAGCAACCUCUUCGAUGGGUGAAUCUGGAUAAAGAAGAAUGCGAUGAUUUAGCCAUGUUUCUAUCUGGAACUGUCCAAAUUCCGCAGAUUGUGAAAGAUGAUUGCACCACACUUAAAUCUCCCAUGAAAGGUUCUCUUGGGGAGAACCAUCAUAAGAGAAGAAAUUUGGACCUUAACUCGAGUGCCAACUGUAGUAGAGGUACUUCGGAUGAAAAUGAAUUCAUUACUAAUAAGAAAAAUGAACAUAUUAUAGAUAUAGAAGAGAGAGAAAAUCUUGGAAUGAGGGAUGACAUAAUCUGUCAAGUUGAUAAAACAAUUGGCUCAAGGAGAACAUGGAGUUCACCAAAUUUUGGUGCUUUGAAAAUUGUGAUUGCUCAGGACGAUGGACAAAGGGAUAAAGUGAUGUCAAGUGUUGAGGCCACUCCUAAAGAAAAAGGGUACAAACCUUUCUUCUGGAAGCAAAGGUGUGGAGAACAUUCUCGGGCAAAGGGAUCGAUUACUUUGUUCAAUAAGCUCUUUGGUCAGGCUGGUGGUCUCCAAAGGCAAUUGCAACCUCCACUGCACCUGCAGUUCAGCUGUUCCAUCCAACUUACUCUUGCUUUAAUGCUCAGCAUUUUCUUAAUUGUGCCUUUUCUAGUUUAUUCAGCUUGAGAAGAGGUUGUUUUCACUGCUCAUUGUCGAGGUGAAAGGUACUGAAUUUCUUUCUAGAGUGUAGAAAGUAAGCAGCAAGGAGAAGAUAACAGUUGUCAAUAUCUUCGAUGUUGUUUUUGAAAUUCAGGGCCAGGCAAAUCUACCUCUACGAAACACGAGUAGCAGCAGCAGGAUGGAGUGUUAUUUUAGAUUCCAUAGCCAUAGAAAAUGUGCAUGUACUCAUGUAGUCUCAAAUGUGCUCCUAAGAAUAUUUGGUAGUUCACACAAAUCCAAAUUAUAUGUAAACUGAAUUUACAACGGGAGGAUUGCCAAUCAUGACAUUGUCGAGGACCAAACAUGACUCUUGAUGUAGCAACCCUAACCAUUUUAUAGUUUGUAAAAAUGUCAUGUGCUCUAUAUCUACUAAUAA